UGCGGCUUGGCCAUUACGUCGAGUGCCAAUAUUAUUUUUGUUGUGUAGACGGCAGCCCUGUACUCUGCUACCGCACCUACCUGCGGCUUUGAGUGGAUAUCAAAAGGGUUGUUGGCUUACACCUGAAGUUGGACCACUAUUUCCUUUGCUUUUAGCAGUUGGUGGCUUUCUGGGCCUAGCACACAGGCAGGCUACAAGAGAAUCGGGGGAAAUUCAGGGCACGUGCCAGAAACAGAGGCCAGGAUGUCGGGAUCCAUACCGUUCUACCAGAAACAUCACCGACACUAUGACCGUGGCUACCGCAGUAAGGAGGUGGAGUCGGCAAUUAGCCAGUACCAGACGAGCAGCAGCAACUAUGCCGCCCAGAGCAGCAGAGCCAGCGAAAGUCUCAGUGCCAGCAGGGGACAUGUCGUUGCGCUGCAUGAACGAACAACACGUAUCCCUUGUAGCUACACCAGACUUAGCGCCUUGUACUCUGGACUGGAUGAAAGCCGACUGAGCCCAAUGCCCAAGAGAGCCAAGCCCACCUAUCUGGCUAUGGACAAAGAAAACCAGAUCAUCGGCUAUGUAGUGCCCAUCUUCAGGGGCAGUCAGGAGUAUGCCAGCGGGUUUUCGGAUAUGGACGAGACCCGGGUCAAGGAGGGAAGUGGAUAUGUGUCCCGGAGGAGUCUGUUUACCCGUGGGUCGGAGAUGGAGAGGACGGAGCAGACGUCUAGGAAGGUCUCUAUGCGCGAGUCUGCCGAGCGCAUCUCGCUGAACAAGAGGAUCUAUGAGAACGAGGAAUACCACAAGCGCAUGAACGAGGAUAGCCUGAUGCACGCCCCGGAGUUUGUGAUUAAGCCUCGCUCACACACUGUGUGGGAAAAGCAGUGUGUGAGGCUCCACUGUACCGUGUCUGGAUGGCCUGAACCAAGGGUGGUAUGGUACAAAAACAAUGUGACAAUCGACCCGAUGGCCCACCCGGGAAAAUAUAAGCUGGAAAGCAGCUACAACGUUCAUUCGCUGGAGAUCAACAGGUGUGAUUUUGAUGACACUGCGCAGUACCGUGUUUCUGCCAUGAACAGCAAAGGAGAGCUGUCAUCCUAUGCCUCCAUCGUUGUGAAGAGGUUCAAAGGAGAGGUGGACGAUUCUCUCCCCAAACCCAGACCAAGGUCAAGAGCCAACGAAGUCGGCCUAGUCCCUGAAUACGGUAUCAACUUCGAGACCCACAUCGUGGACGGAUUCGGCGUGUCGUUCGGACGGGAGGGCGAGACCAUGAGCCUGGGCGCCACGGUGAUCAUCUCCCCCAAUCUGCCUCGUUACCAACCUGAGGUGCAGUGGUACAGAGAUGAUGUCCUUCUGCAGCCCUCCAAGUGGUGUCAGAUGCAUUGGAGUGGAGACAGGGCCGGCCUGACCCUGACACACCUGAACAAAGAGGACGAGGGGCUCUACACCCUGCGCAUCACCACCAAGUCAAAAUAUGAAACCUACUCUGCCUACGUAUUUGUCAGAGAUGGAGAUGCGGAGGUUGAGGGAGCGCCGGGCGCCCCCCUGGAUGUAACGUGUCAGGACGCUAACAAGGAUUACGUCAUAGUGACCUGGAAGCAGCCGGCGGUGGACGGUGGCAGCUCCAUCCUCGGCUACUUUGUGGACAGGUGUGAGGUUGGCACAACCCACUGGAGCCAGUGUAACGACACCCCCAUCAAGUUCGCCCGCUUCCCCGUGACGGGUUUGGUAGAGGGGCGCUCGUACACCUUCCGCGUGCGCGCCGUCAACAAGAGCGGCAUGAGCAGGCCAUCCCGCGCCUCCGAGCCAGUGGCGGCGAUGGACCCGGCCGACCGCGCCCGGAUGAGAGGUACUUCCGCUCCCUGGACCGGCCAGAUCAUUGUCACGGAAGAGGAGCCUGCAGAGGGUGUGGUUCCUGGCAGACCCAAAAACCUGGAGGUCACAGAGGCCACCAAGAACUAUAUGGUUUUGAGCUGGAAUCCCCCUGGAGAGAGAGGACACGAGGGCAUCAUGUACUACGUUGAGAAGUGUGUGUCAGGCACAGACAGCUGGCAGAGGGUGAACACGGAGAUCCCGGUGAAGUCUCCCCGCUUUGCCCUGUUCGACCUGGCUGAAGGGAAGGCCUACAGCUUCCGCGUGCGCUGCUGCAACUCCGCCGGUGUCGGCGAACCGUCCGAAGCCACCGAAGCCAUCACGGUCGGAGACAAGCUGGAUAUCCCAUCUGCCCCGGGCCGUGUGGUUCCCACGAGGAACACAGACACAUCUGUGGUGGUAACCUGGGAAGCUUCCAAGAACGCUAAGGAGCUUGUGGGAUAUUACAUUGAAGCCAGCGUCGUUGGCAGCCACACUUAUGAGCCGUGCAACAACAAGCCGGUCAAAGGCACCAGGUUCAUUUGCCACGGUCUGGUGACAGGACAGAGCUACGUGUUCAGAGUGAAGGCCCUGAACGCCGCUGGGCUCAGCGAUUGUUCUCAGGAGUCGGAGGCUAUUGAAGUGAAGGCUGCUAUUGGGGGCGGUAUUCCUCACGCAUCCCCCACUCCGCCCCAUGGCAUCAGCGUUCUGGAGUGCGUGCGGGACUCUAUGGUGCUAGCCUGGAAGCAGCCCACCUUCAUUGGAGGCGCCGACAUCACCGGGUACUUUGUGGACUACCGUGAGGUGGUCAAUGGGGUGCCAGGGAGAUGGCACGAGGCCAACAUCAAGGCUGUCAGCGAGAGAGCCUACCGAGUGUCCGACUUGAAAGAGAACAGGAAGUACCAGUUCCAGGUGCGCGCUGCAAACAUGGCGGGCGUGGGCAUCCCCUCUCGGCCCAGUGACACGUUUGUUUGUGAGGAGUGGACCAUUGCAGUGCCAGGACCUCCCCAUGAUCUUCAGGUGACAGAGGUGCGCGCCAAGUCAGUGGUGUUGCUCUACAAGCCGCCGGUGUACCAGGGUCGCGACCCCGUCAACGGAUUCUACAUUGACAUAAAGGAGGCGAGCGCUAAGGAGGAGGCAUGGAGAGGGGUCAACGAGAAGGCUGUUUCCAACAACUACAUGAAGAUUAAGAUCCCAAAAGAGGGGGAGAGCUACGUGUUCCGUGUUCGCGCUCAGAAUAAGGCAGGUGUGGGAAAGGCGUCUGACCCCACGGAACCUGUCCUGGCUGAAACCAAACCAGGCACUACAGAGAUCGUUGUGGAAGUUGAUGACGAAGGGGUGAUCUCCCUGAACUUCGCCUGCUCAAACCUGACUCCAGAUUCCAAAUUUGUGUGGUACAAAAACUACGAAGAAAUCACGGAUGAUACACGCCUUACUAUUGAGACCAAAGGGGAAAAGUCUAAGGCCACCUUCAAAACUCUUGCUGAGGAUGACAUUGGCAUUUACUCUUGUGCCGUCACCCACACCGACGGUGCUUCCUCCAGUUACACCCUCUCAGCAGACGAGCUGAAGAAACUUCUGGGGAUCAGCCAUGAUCACAAAUUCCCUAUUAUCCCCUUGAAGACAGAGCUGGCCGUUGAGCUCCAGGAGAAGGGCAGAGUUCGCUUCUGGCUGCAGGCUGAGAAGAUCUCAGCUAAUGCCAAAAUAGACUAUGUGUUCAAUGAUAACAAUCUCUCCCAGGGAGAGAAAUACAAGAUGAACUUUAACAAGGAAACAGGUGUGAUAGAAAUGUUAAUGGAGUCUCUGCGCCCAGAGGACGAGGGAACCUUCACCUUCCAGCUGCAGGACGGCAAAGCCACCAACCAGUCCAGCCUGGUGCUGAUUGGAGAUGUGUUCAAGGAGCUGCAGAAGGAGUCUGAAUUUAUUUGUAAAGAAUGGCACAGAAAGCAAGGUCCUCACUUUGUGGAGUACCUGAGUUAUGAAGUGACCCCAGAAUGUAGUGUUGUCCUAAAGUGCAAGGUUGGGAACAUAAAAAAGGACACUGUUGCAGUGUGGUACAAGGAUGGACGUGAGGUCAAGGGAGACAAUAAUCUCCCAUUCACAGAGGGAGUGCUCAAACUGGAGAUUGCCCAGAUCUCGAAGAAGGACUCCGGUAUUUAUGAGAUUGUCAUGAAGGACGACAGAGGGAAGGACACAUCAACGUUGAAUCUAACAGAUCAAGGUUUCAGGGACUUGAUGAAUGAAGUGUUUGGUGUCAUUGCCAACUCCUCCACCCCGCUGAAGAUCCAAAGCACCGAGGAGGGAAUCCGCCUUUACUCCUUCGUCAGCUACUACAACGAUGCCCUCCAGGUCACCUGGCAUCACAAGGAUUCGGCGAUAGCCUUCACAGACCGCAUAAAGAGCGGCGUGGUGGGAGAGCAACUGUGGCUGCAGAUCUCAGAGCCCACCGAGAAGGACAAGGGAAAGUACGCUAUCGAGUUCUUCGACGGGAAGGGCAGUCUGCAGAGGACAGUGGAGCUGGCCGGCCAGGCGUUUGACGAUGCCUACGCAGAAUUCCAGAGGCUCAAAGCGGCCGCUGUAGCAGAGAGAAAUCGGGCUCGCGUAGCAGGAGGCCUGCCUGAUGUCGUCACUAUACAGGAGAAGAAGGCCCUGAAUCUAACAUGCAACAUUUCGGGCAACCCCGUGCCCGACGUCACUUGGCUGAAGAACGAGAGGGAGAUUGUGACGGAUGACCACUACGUCAUGAAGUUUGAGGCGGGCAAGUAUGCCAGCUUCACCAUCACAACGGUGAACACCACAGACUCGGGCAAGUACAGCAUCCUGGUGAAGAACAAGUACGGCACGGAGAGCGCCGACUUCACCUUGAUGGUAACAGAAGGCAGAGGGGACUUGGGAAUUUCCUCCUACUUGACUGAUGCGGAUGGGAACGUGAUUAUCGGGUCUAGAAGUAGACCUGUGUCACCAACUGAGAAGAGGAAGUCCGUCACCGGGAAGAAAAUGCAGAAGAGACAGGAUUCUGUAAUCCUCCAGAAGCCUUUAGAGGAGGAUGGGAAGAAAGAGGGCAAAAAGACUGAGAAGAAGGAAGAAAAGAAAGUGGACAAAACAGAUUCUGUGGCCAACCCCAUGGACAAGAAGGAGGCUGCCAACAACCAAGACACCCUGGAGUAGCCUACAAUUAAAUCAGAUGAGGCAAAGCCAGUUGAUGAACCCCACAUCUUAGAAAGUAGCAGAAAAAGACCAGACUAAUAACGGCAUAAAGCACAAAGAGGAGUGACAGAAGCGUGUUACAUUAGUAAAAUACAUAUAGUCAUUUUAGAAUUGUACAGUUUGAUGUGGAUUUUACAACUUGCCUGUUUGAUGUGUGUCAUUGAUCUUCACUGAAACUAAUAAUUUUUUGCAAUUGUAAUUCAGUCAUUAAUUUCCUUUCAGGGACAAUAAAAAUAAUUGGUCAGUGAAAAUUUGCAGGGACAAUAAAAAUAAUUGGUCAGUGCAAAUGUUGCUUUAAAAAGUUUCUAUUCUUUUAAAGAUGCAUUCCAGGCUGUUUUUAAAAGAUACAGUAGUUUUUGAACUUACCAUUUUGGGCUGAAUGUGUAAUGUCAUUUAAAAGUGCAUAAUAUAUAAGUUUAGUUAAUUUCCUACCUCAGCUAGCCAUGAAAUUCUAUGUUUGAAAGUAAAUUAUGUGAUGACGUCUGGCUCAAAUUGCUACAUUCAUGAUAUUGUAAACACUUUCCAGGUCCCUGUUUUGGCUCGACAAUGACACUUUUACAACCAUUGGCUUAAAAUCAUGGAAUGCAUCUUUAAUUCAUACACAGAAUAUGACCUUUAGUUGUGUUUUUAGCUAUAUCUUACAUUUUAGAAGAAAACAAAUCUGAAAUCCCAGUAAAAUACCCACAUUAAACUGACCAGUUAUAAAAAAAAUCCUCUGAUGGAGAAUGAGUUGGACAAUCAUCAAUCUUAUUGAAGGUUGAGCUGGCCAAUCAGCAGUCUUAUUGAAUAUGGAGCUGGCCAUUCGGUGGAAUACUACCUAUAAGGCAUAUUGUUCACAUAUUUUAAGACUGGCACAUGCACAAAAUAUUCUGUUGUUAGGGUAUGACCUACACCAUCCCUACAGAUUUUAACAUAUUUUUUAUGGAAAUAAAGGAAUUUCACUUAUAAUUGAAAUAAAUCAAAUAUUAAAAGAGCAGUAACUUUAAGUGUAGAGAAAGGGGAUGUAAUUUGUAUUACAACAUUUAACUAUACACUUGUAGCCCAAGGGUCUACCAAAAUGGCAAGUGUUCUGUUAUUCACAGUAAUUAUUUUCAUAAAUCUUUAUUUUUCAAAUAUGUUAACAUAUGUGGUUAUGUAAUGGCUUGCAUUGUUUUCAAUAUUAUUUUUGACUGAAUAAAAUGUAUUAAUUGGCCCCUAA